CAUGCUUUGUUUUCUUUCCGCCCCCUUUUCAUAAAAGAGGGUUUGAAUUGUAGCUAUCGACCGCAGUCAUGGAGGAGUUGAGCGCCGUGGGGGAACAGGUUUUUGAUGCCGAAUGCAUCCUCAACAAACGCCUGAGAAAGGGAAAGUUGGAGUAUCUGGUGAAGUGGAGAGGAUGGUCAUCCAAGCACAACAGCUGGGAGCCCCAGGAGAACAUUCUGGACCCGAGGCUGCUGGCAGCAUUCCACAAGAGAGAACAAGAGAAGGAGAUUUUGUUCCGCAAGCGAGGCAAACGGCCAAGGGGGAGACCCCGUAAAAUCAUGGAAGCUGUUCCAGCGGCGACAAAAUCAAGUAGCUCUUCAUCCUCCUCAUCCUCCAGCUCAUCUUCCUCGUCGUCGUCGUCAUCCUCGUCAUCGUCCUCGUCGUCGUCUGACGACGACGACAACGAUGGCGAGGAGGCGAAGGUGAAGGCUGGGCAGCGGGGCCGCGAGCUGCACCCCGUGCCCCAGAAGAAGGCCCAGAUCGUGGUGGCCAAGCAGGAACCCGUGAAGAAGAAGCGUGGGAGAAAGGCAUUGCCACCAGAGCUGAAGGCACUUCGACAGAGCAAGGGAGCCCGGAAGCUUCUGAGGCCAGCUGCCAGGGAGAGGGAGCUACUGUCACAGACCCAGGAAUCCAAGACGCCGAUCAAGAAACCCCUGCAGCCUGCUAGUUUUACCUACACAGGCAUGAGCAGGGUGGGUGGAGCAAGAGAGCCAUCCGGGGCCCAGAGCAGAGGCUCAUUCUCACAGGCGGUACGGAAUCCUUUGGGGGCCGUGGGCCCAACCCGUCCCACAGCCACCUCCCCUGUGAGCCGCGUCCCUCAGAACAAGGCCACACCAGAUUUCAAGCUGUCCGUCUCGGACGUGGGCAGUGGCUCAGACCUGGACCUGAGGAUCACAACCUCCAAGUCGCCCGGGGUGGCGGCUCUCAACCUGCAUAAUGCCAAGGUCUCCUGUGGUGGCGGCGGGGGGCAGGGAACGGCCUCCUCUGCUGCUGGAACCCCCAAUGGGCAGAGGAAACAAGAGACUCCAGCCCAGACCCUCUCGCCUCGCACUGCUGCUCAGCCCCUGUCAAAGGGCCCUGGACUUCAGGCUCUCAGCUUGCAGGGCCUGAACCUGCAGAGUGUUAGCAGGCAGACACAGGGCUGUGUCUCUACGGGCAAUGGUACUGCCAACCCAGCCCGGAAGGGCCCGUCCCAGAACCCGGGAACGGGGGGUGGGGGCCAGCAAACCAGAAGGGGCUUGGGUGGGGGGCAGGGUAGGGUUACAGAGGCCGGAGAGCUGGGGCUGGGGACAGACAGACAGGCCAAGAAAUCGAGGAGACCCGAGGCCAAGCCUUCUACAGAGUCCCCGGCUGCCAGGGGCAGGGGGCGGAGGCCGUCCUCGAAAGACGGCGGGAAGCCGGGGAAAGUGCUGAGCGAGAUGAGCACAGGGGAAGAGGAGUCCAGCUCGGACUCCGAGCACGACUCUCCCCUGCCCAGCCCUGCACAGAACCUGAGCGUCUCCGUGCAGCCCGGCCAGGACUGGAAGCCCACGCGAAGCCUAAUCGAACACGUGUUCGUCACCGACGUCACGGCUAACCUGGUCACGGUGACCGUCAAGGAGUCUCCGACAAGCGUGGGCUUCUUCAGCCUGCGCCAGUAUUGAGAAGGGAAGCCGCUGGACUGGGGUCAAGGGAGGCCAGGAGUGGCUCACCCCCCCCCGGCAGGUUCUGCCUUUUUUAUUUACGUCACAGCAGAACAUUCGAUAUGAAGAUCAAUCAGAAGGAAGUUCUCAAGGCAGAUUACAUGCCAGGUGGUGGCUGCUGACGGACGGCGGUCGAAUCUUCAGAAUCCGUGGCAAAGUGGCAGAUUAAGAAGGAAAAUGGGGAAUGUAUUGGAAACACCUGCUAUGGACGAAUCGCUUAAACUGAAGGUUCCUGCCAGCCUUGUCCAAUGACGAACAAUAUUUCACUUUCGUUAUACGGCUGUGACUCCAAUCACUUCAUCUCAUUUUUUAUAUAAAGUUUUUAGUCUUGCUUAAAUGGUGCCAAGAAAUCAAAAUUUUGCAAUUUAGCUACCUCUAUUUAAAAUCUGGCCUUUAAUAUUCAAAAAUAAGCAUACAGACUUAUGCGCUCAUCCUAAACAUUUCCGUAGGAUAUGUUGGAAUUUUCCAUGUUUUUCUGUUUUUUUUUUUUCCGUUAAAGCUUUUUUUAUUAUGCAUAUUCCACAGAGUAACACGAGACUGGAAGUACAGGAGAGAUUGAACUGAACUUUUUUUUUUUUUUUUGCAGUGAAAUGUGAUUGUUGUAUACAUUUGUGAAAGAUUCCAAACGCUGCAGGCAGUGCAGCUUUUCUGCCAUCUUACAGAGCUGCUGCAGAGUUGGGGGCAUGUUAUCUGAGCCUCUGCUACGAGGCCAGCCUGGACAGCACUGGCUGCAGAGUCCUGCUUCACUCACUGGGCCUACAGCCCCAGAUUGCAGGCCUCCAGGUCGCGCCGAGGUCAGGCAACACCAACAAAUAACUGCCCCUGCGCGCUUUUCCCUGCACCUGAGCAGAGCCUUAAAACAAAGAAACCAAAAAAAAAACAAAACAAAAAUAAUUGCUGUGGAAUGCAUUUACCAGUGUAUACUAGACUGCCAAAUGCCAGCCUUCUCACACUUUAUUAGCCUGCAAGGGCCCAGGAGAUAAACAGUGGCCCUCCACUGCCCUAUCUGAAGUAACAGAAAAGUGUUACUGUUAAGGAAACGUGCAACAACUAAACAGGGAGACCUGAAAGUUCAUGUCAUUGUUCCAGACAGUUUAGUCCCUCUAAAUACUUACAGUAUUACCGCUAGGUCUGCCAUAAGCUAUGAGACAAAAAAAGAGAAUAUUAUACAUUCCUGCUUGUAUUAGCCCUUGUGCAUGAGGUGAUCUGCUCUGUGUGAACACGGAUCAGUCCACUCUGUUAGAUUAUGAGAUAGGCACAGGCAAUAGGGGGAAAUACUGGUAGUUUCAGUGUGUGAUAGUAUAUCAUUGAGGAUGUCUCUGAAAUACUUAAGGCCAAAACCGUAAAGACUUUUCAGAUUAAAACAAUCCCCUUUCAAACAUGAAGUGGCAGUUAAUGACACGGCCUGUUUUUGGGGAAGUGGCUAUUUUGAAUGGCAGAAGUUGGGAGUGCAAACCAGCCCUUUGCUUAAAAACAAGAAAGAAAAAAAACGAAUGGGAAUGUAUGUUGCUUUAGGCAAUCCUGCUUGAAUAAUUGGGCUAUUGUAUAGGUGAAACUAACAGCCACUUUUGACUCCCUAUUGAAUCUGAAAGUUAUCACCAGAAGAUAAGGUGAUACAAGUCCAUUUAUUACCUGCAGCAGAUCAGCAUGAAAAAGAGGAAUAUGAUGCUUUAUGGACUUGGAACAACCUGGAUCACCGACUGCGAUUCUUUUGGGUGCGGGAGCUAAUUUGGGAACCGUCGCUGGACAUUUUUAUUUUUUAAGUGUAUAUCUACUGCAAUGAAGCAGAUGUCUAGGGACUUUUUUAGCCCGUUGUCCCAGUUCUAAUCUCUACCUACCAACAGUCCAGGGCGAAAAGCAUGUUUACGAUGCAGAAUGCACCAGAUUCACUAGCUAUCGAUCGUGGCUGGGACAAGUGGUUACGGAGAGUGAUUUCAUGCACUGCUAUUUGGCUGGAAUUGAAGGGCUAGGAUAACGGAUAACACACCAUUUCCCUAGAGUGAGGUAUUGAGCUCACCAGUGAAAUAUACAGGGCUGGUGUGAUACUUGUGACCUGCAUUAUCUGUCCCCUGUCAGAGACUUUGCAGUAAAUGUGCCGUCAUUGUUAGACAUGUUACUGUAGGACUCAGAUUAACCCUUUAGACCGAAGGCUAUAUUCUCUGUAAACUAUUUAUUUAAAAACACAAUAGGAAGGCGGUCAGACCUUUUCAUUGUGCCACCUGUCAUUUUAUUAACCUUAAAUAAAUAGUAAUUUAGUAUUUUUCUUGACUGUUACGGGGAAAUAAUGGCGCUGUUGCUGUAUUUAGUCAUUUGCAUUUCAUGCAAACGUUUAAGUAAUGCAAUUUAGGAUUUGAGAUUUAUUACAAUUCCCAUAUAAAACCCAUGUUAGACAACCGGAGAGCAUAUCUAUCCUUUUAAAUUAUGUACUUUAUGCCCCUCAAACCUUGCAUUUUUGACUUUGACUUCCACCCCACAACAUUAAUCCAGAAACUGCAUGAUUUUUAUUAAUCAGCAGAGAGCCUGGGAACACACAUAUGCACGACUGUAUGAAGGACUGCUUCUUUACUAAGCCUCAUCUUUACUAAGCCUCAUCUUUACUAAGCCUCAUCUUUACUUUGUUCAAACUGGAGAAAAGAGAAAUCAAUGCUGAAAUGCAGCAUCGGACAUAGGAUCCCCACCCGCACACCCACCAUUUUUAUAGAUUUCACCACAUAAAUCUGCACAUCGAUCCCUAGGCAGGGACACACAGAUACUUUCAUGUUAAGAAAAAGAGCAGCAGUCAAGGCUGCAGCGACAUGCUCAUACGCACAACUCUUUGAAGUUUGUGGAACGAUAAACUGAUCCCGCAUAAGCCUCACUCCUACACUUCUGUUGUAUUCUGAAAGUUUGCAUCGCUCCAUCUGGACUAAGUUUAGUCUGCUACCUUCCUGGCUAGUUUCCCCAACUCAGGCCUUUCUAAUCUCAACAGGACUUUCCUGGCUACAUAAAUGUUCUUUUCAUACAUUCACCCAUAAAAGUCCCCCACUGCUGCAUUACCAAAGUAACGCCAAACAGCGAUGAGGGUUGUGUUGGAAGUGUUGUUUGGACUAGCUUCAUGUCACCGCCGUUGAGAUGUUACUGAAUAGUCUGGAUUCUAAAAAUACCAAUAAAACAUUUUAGAAAAUA